GCUCGUCUCUAUUCGCAUGAGCGGAGGAGUAGUGCACAGCAAACUUCAAAAGCUCGUUCUCUCCACCUACCGUGAUUUUUUGCGCGCCUCCCGUGGCCGUGACCCGAGCAUUCGCACGCAUAUUCGGCACGAGUUCCGCGCCGCUGCAACACGUUUCGAGCCAAGUGACCUGUUGCUCAUUGAGCAUCAUUUGAGAAGAAGCCAGAGACAGCUGGAAGCGAUUCGGAAAGGACACAUUGAGAAGAUCGCAACGGUUGAUAGCGCCGCGAAAUAAAGAUGGCUGACACUCGUGAGCUUCCAGUUUUCGCCUACAUUGAUGAUGUCAAGCAGCUCCAAGAGCUCCGUCAAUACCUCAACAAGCACGAUAGUGUGAAGCUUGAUCCAAAUGGACCAUCAGAGACCGCCCAAAACAUGAUCGAAAUCUGCUCCACUCUCAACGUGCUUCCUUCAUGGUCCCAGGACGUCGAUCUGGUGCUCAACUCGAUAUCAUCUCUUAUCGUCGUUGUGCCAGGCGAGAAGUGUGAGCCAGUCGUCGACUCAUUCAUCAAGAAUGUUGCUCCACAAUUCUACAAGGGAACCGGAUGGGCUAGUCACGCCGGAAUCGCCGUUCGUGUGCUCUCGAAUUUGUACAAGGGAUACUCGAACUUCCAUACUGUACAGGAGAAGAUCUUCAAGGCGCUCGUUGAUAUGUGCGCUGAAGCAAGACUCAUUGGAGAGCUGGAAUGCAAUCUUGAGACUCUUCAAGAUAGAUUCAACACAUGGAAGACGCCAGUCGAGGGACAACGCGAGAUCUUGAGAGCAGUUCAUCGUGCACUUCUUGUUGAUCAGAGAGUUGAUCAGGCUGCCAAGGUUAUGACUGCACUUCUCGGAACAUACACAGAAAAGGACGCUGCCGCAGCACGAGAUGAUGCUAUGGAAUGUGUUAGAACUGCUGUCGUCGAUCCGAAAUCAUUCUCCUUUGAUCAUCUCGAACGACUCAGUGCAGUCAAAGCGUUGAAGACUUCCGAUCCACUGAUGUUCACAGCUCUCGAGUUGUUCAUCUCUGGAACUCUCAAGGAUUAUAAGGAAUUUGUUGCCAAGAAUCCGAAAUUUGUCACCGAGCACUUGAAGGUUGACGAGACUAUUCUUCUCAAGAAGAUCCGUCUUUUGACACUCAUGUCGCUUGCUGAAGAGAAGAACGAAAUCAGUCUCGACGAAUUGGCCAAACAAUUGGACAUUCUUGCCGAUGAGACCCUCGAAGAAUUUGUGAUCGACGCGAUUCAGGUGAACGCGAUUUCCGGAAAAAUCAAUGAAAUGGCCCGAACUCUCAUCGUCAGCUCCUACCAGCACAGAAGAUUCGGAACGGAACAAUGGGUUCUACUCGAGAAACGCCUGAAAGUCCUCAUCGCAAAUCUGAAGCAAACGCACAACAACGUCCAUGAAGUGAAUCAGAGAAUCGAGGCUCUCUAAUUGUUUUUUUUUCGCUGUUCUUUUUAAUAUAUUUGUUUUUGGUUCUCCCUAUCGUAUUUUCUUCCCAUGAAAGUCCCCCGUUUUGUUGGUUCCCUCCUCUAUAAUUUCUAUCUCUCUCUUGAAAAAUUUCCCCAUAAACUGUUGAUUUAAAA